GGCUUAAAUUUAACAAUGUGUUGGAGUACCUUUAAAAGAUGGGAUGAUCAUGGGUGGAAUGUGCCAGUGUAUCAGAAAAUAAUAUAAUGGUGGGCAACAAACUUAAACAAAUGUUAUGAUACUAGAUGUACCCACUAUGACCCAUUGGCCCACAACCACUUCAAGUUGAAAAUGUUGAUGCAAAGCAGGAAAGCAUUUGCUGAGGACAUUUUAGCCCUUGGAGAAGGCAAGGUCCCUAGGAAUGACAGGGGCGACAUAUCCAUCUAUGAACUGUGCAACACCAUGGACAACCCUUCCGAUCUUUUGGAAACAGAGUUCCCCAAUCUGGAAAGUAAUUAUGCAGACAUCAAUUGGUUCAGUGAAAGAGCUAUCCUGGCCUCCAAAAAUGUAGCUGUCAGGGCUAUCAACGACCAGCUCAUAAGCCGAAUUCCAGGUGAGGAGCGUAUCUACAAAUCGAUUGACUGGACCUCUGACCCCCAAGACAUUGUCAAUUACCCUAUCAAGUUUCUCAACUCAUUGGAACCAGCAGGGCUUCCACAUCACAUUCUUAGGCUAAGGAAUUUAUUUUGUUCCCCUACAAAAGACCAGCUUGGUACUUUGGCUCAUUGCAAAGCAUUGAAAGAGGCUUACUGA